AUGUCAUCAUCUUCAUCAUCCGAUUCGACGGCAGUAGAGGAGGCUAAGCUUAUCGGUACCGUCAUGGCAAAAACGGUUGCAUACUAUCAAAACCGACUUGGUGAAACAUCACGUUCACGACCUAACCUAAGAAAGUCGCCGUUACGUAGAAAUCACGAAGCCGGACACGAUCGUCUUAUAGAAGAUUAUUUUGCAGAUGACACCGUCUACGCUGGGAAAAAAGGUUUCUCUCCCAUUCAAAAAUGCACAGCUUCAAUUCGUCAGCUAGCAUACGGCAUGGGCGCAGACAAAUGGAACGAGUAUUUUAGGAUGUUAGAGCAUACCGUGAGGGACUCUGUGUACACGUUCUGCAAAGUGAUCUGUUUGGUUUACGGGCGACAAUAUCUGCACAAACCAACUAUCAGCGAUAUCCACCAAUUGUAUACGGUGCAUGAAGGCAAACAUGGAUUCCCUGGAAUGCUAGGUAGUAUCGAUUGCAUGCAUUGGAGUUGGUCAUUAUGCCCCAAUGCAUGGCGUGGUCAGUACAUGAGAGCUGUUGCAAACAAUGACAUCAACGUGCUAGACCAGUCGCCUGUAUUCAACGAUAUCUACCUUGGAAAGUCACACAAUGUACCUUUUCAAGCAAAUGGGGUAGCAUAUAAAUGUGGAUACUAUCUUACUGACGGUAUAUAUCCACCCUUGUCUGUUUUUGUGAAAUCGUUUACAUGUCCUAACGACCCGAAAAGGGAAAAGUUUAAAGAGGCGCAAGAGUCAGCUAGGAAGGAUGUGGAGCGAGCAUUUGGUGUACUUAAGAGAUGUUGGCAUGUACUAACGGUCGGGGCAAGGUCAUAUGAGGUGAAAAGGUUACAACACAUAAUGUAUGCAUGUAUCAUAUUGCAUAAUAUGAUUCUUGAAGACGAAGGAAGAGCAAUAUGCCGAUACAACGAAAAUGAAGUUUUGCCAAAUGUCGAAGGAGUAGUCGUUUUUACACAAGAGUAUAGGGUGAAUAGAAGAGAAGUACACAAUCGCGAUAUUCAUCAGGCCCUUCACGCUGAUUUGGUGGAGCACAUUUAUAGGGCUCAUAUUCAGCCCUCGCACGAGUUAUCUCACGAUGAUUUGUUUGACGAAUCAGACGAGGAUUCUAAUAUGUUCGUCGAGAGUGAAGAUGCCGACUACGAGAGUGACGCUGGGGAGAAUGAUGCAGAUGAUUAA